UCUCCUCUCUCCCACUUCCAAUAGUCUCUAUUUAUAAGAUUGAAGCAAAGUAGAACAAUGAACAAAAAAGGUUGAAAAAAGUCUCUAGCAACACAAAGAAAAUGCCUCUCCUCUCAUCCUCUAAAACCAUGGAUGGCUCAGCAACUCUUAGUGUCCAUGCCCAAAAUGUUCUGAAAGAAUGUGACACUUCACUUCUCCCAGCAACUAAACACUCUUCCUCUCACCGAACACCUUUCUUUUCCUCCUUCUCGUCGUGCUCUUUUUCAGAGUUUCCCGAUGACUCCCCACCUAAUCCGGCCACCCCGCGUCGAUUUUCCGGCGUUCCAUUUUCUUGGGAACAUUUGCCAGGAAUUCCCAAGAAACCAAGUUGCAAGAAAAAGGACUCUACAGUAGUGAAAGCCCUUCCCUUGCCUCCUCAUACCUCAAAAAGAUUCAACUUGGAGGAAGUUGGAAUAAUCCGAAAGAAGAAUUCUAAAGAGAGCUUUGGAAAGGAUCCUUUCUUCACUGCAUUAGUUGAAUGUUCAAAGGGUGAUGAUGAAGAAGAUCAUUCUGGUAGUAACUUUUGGAAUGUUACUAAGGUUUCAAGAAGCAUUAGCGGCAGGUUUGGCUUCAUAAAUAUUUACACUUCCUGUAAAAGAACUUGUGCUGUUUCUGAUUCAAUAGUAUACCUUCCAAGAUCAAGAAGAACAUCAUAUGGUCAACUAAUUUCUUGCCGGUCGAGCUGAAAUUAAGAUCAUAUUCUUCAAUGAUCAUUAUCUUCUGGGAUUUGUGUUCAUGAUGUUCUUACGUAAAUCAAAUCAAGGUAUUUCCAUUUGCUUCUUUUUCUUCCUGUUUAGUUUCUUGGUGUGUGAGGGCAAAGCAUAUGUCCCCAAAAGCAUAAAUCAUUGUAAUAUGUUAAUAAAACUUGCAAAAAAGAUUUGAGAUUU